CUCCGCGUGGGUUGGCCCCACAGAUCGUUCCCUUCAAUGACGAUUGCAUUCUCGCUCUCGGUUCGUACAGCUCGGUCCCACGCGGCGACAUGAGAAACUCUUGGCCCGUCGCUUGCUCGUGGUAUAGAACCUGCCUCGGUAGGUAAUGGCCUGGAUAACGGAUGAGUCGAGGGGACUUCAAUCUCCGUGCCUCCGAGUUGCGGGAAUGCCGAGAGCGCCGUAUUUACGGAGUCAACACCCAAAGGAAAUGGUCAAGGUGUUGGUAAGGUAUUUAAGAAGCUCGAACGGAGCCUCACUGUCUAGGUCCCCUCCCAUGAAUCCUUCACCCUCAGCUUCACUUUUCCUGCAACCAAGUCUUCCUCUCCUCUCGCCUGUGCUUCCAUGACGGCAUCAACUCGGCACGUCAUGAUCAGGCUGCUCUCCCUGAGCCUGGCGGCCAUCGCCAGUGCUGCUGUUACUCGGAAACACCCGCAUCUGCCGCGAGCAGACGCUGCGUUCCACACGGCGCACGAUGGGCCAAUCGUGCUAUCGUCAACUGCGACGGAGCCCGGCGUUUUCGUGCUUGACUACGGGGUCGAGGUAGAGGGCAUUCCGGCCUUUGAGGUCGUCAGUGCAACGGGCGACACGUCGAUGUUCGAGAUUACCUACUCCGAGACCAAGGCCGCCUUGGAUUUGUACAUGGGCGACGGUCCCCUCCCGCUCGCAGCCGCUAUGGACACUUACCGGGUCAACCGUUACAACAUCACUGGCCCGGGUCAGGUCACCAACCGCCUCAUCCAGGGAGGCCUUCGGUACCAGAAGCUGAAUCUGUCGUCGCCCGGUGAGCUGACGUUGCGCAACGUUGGCCUUGUUCCCACGGUCCACACGACUCCCCUCAACAAGCUCCCCGGGUCAUUCAAGAGCUCGGACAGCUCGAUCACGGACAUCUGGACGGUCGGCGCCAGGACUGUUCAGCUGAGCGAGAUCCCCAAGAACUCCGUCCCCGACUUCUGGGAGAUCACCAGCGAGGGUGCCUUGAUCGACAGUCUUGCUCCCCAGGCCAACGCAGGCCUGGUUGCCGUCAUGAGCACGGCGUACAAUCUCGACUUCAAGGUCAAGCCGCUCGCCGGCGGCUUCGGCUUCACCGUGCUGUCCGACACCCUCAACUCGGGCAUCUACCUGUCCGUUGACGUGGAAGCAAGGAUCAUCGCGGCCUACGUGGGGUCGACCACCGAAAACACCGAGCUCACCAGGGCGACUAUCCCUUCGAACGUGACCCUCUCCCUCGGCACCUGGCACUCGGUACGCGCCCGGGUCGCCAUGAUGGAUAUCGCUGUCGAUAUCGACGGCCAGCAGGUGCUCAGCUUCACGCAAUACUCCAAGUUCUACGGAUCCUACGGCAUCGGUGCUUCCUUUGGCCACCGGGCUCUCUUCAAAGACUUGGUCGCAACCGAUACCGCGGGCGAGGUGACCUACCAGCACAACCUGACCGACAAGAGCUGCCUCGCCGACUUCCUGGCGGGCACCAACCCGCUUGACGUGUCUGUCGACGGUUCGCGCCGAGACCGGAUCGCAUACACCGGAGACCUAGACGUGGCAGGCUCUGCCGCUCUGGCCAGCACCCACGGGCUGGAGUUCAUCGAGGGCGCCCUCGAGCUUCUCGCCUCGUACCAGGCCGCACCCGGCUUCUUCACCCCCACGGCCAAGAUCCAGCAGGAACCGUUGUCCACCCCCUUGAAUGUCAACCUGACAGGCCUGAUCGGCUACUCCUGGAACCUGCUCACCGCCGUCUCGCAGGUGUACAUGCACACCGGCGACGUCGACUUCGCGCGGACGUGGGCGCCCAGGGUGGUCAGGAUGCUCGACUGGUCCCACUCGCAAGUGCUGCCCAGUGGUCUCUUCAACCUCAGCGACGUCACGUUUGGCGGCGACUGGAACUACUACGACCCGGCCCAGUCUGGCGUCGUCACCAAGUUCAACGUCCUCUACGCCUACUCGCUCCAAGAGACGUCCACGCUCUUGGCCGAUGCCGGGGUCGACGUCUCGGUCUACCAAGACCGCCUCGCUACGCUGCGGUCCGCCAUCGACACGCAGCUCUGGAGUGACGAGCUGGGCGCGUACGUCUACUCCGAGAAGAUCCGGGAUGGGUUUGGCCAGGAUUCCAAUGCGAUCGCCAUCCUUGCCGGUGUCAAUGUGGACCCGUCCCACUCGUCCGAAUCCAUCCUUUCGACCCUCUCGGCGGAGCUCGUCGGGGCCAAGGGCCCACUGGCCUUUUCAAGCGGAGUCCUUGCGCACGGCUUCCAGCGAUACAUGAGCCCCUACGCAUCUGCAUACCAUCUCCGCGCUGCCUUCAGCUCGCAGAACUCGGACGCCGCCAGGGAGCUGCUCGACACGCUGUGGGCGCCGAUGGCGGACAUCCGCAACGCCAACUACACCGGUUCCUUUUGGGAGACCUUGGACGAGUCCGGCCGCCCGGGGCUCGGCGUCGUCACGAGCAUGUGUCACGGAUGGAGCGCUGGCCCGACGGCGUCGCUGAGCCGAUUCGUGCUGGGCGUCCAGCCGACCAAGCCCGGCUGGGCGGAGUGGGCAGUGAACCCGCAGAUAAUCGGCCUCACCUUCGCCCAGGGCAAGGUCCCCACGCCUCGCGGUGCUGUUGCCGUAAGCUGGGGAUUCUGUAGGGAUCUCCUGACCAUGACCGUGGAGGCCCCGGCUGGCACCACGGGAACAGUCUCGGUCCCGCUGCCGCUGCGGGUUCCCGCGAGCCAGUCCAAGUUUACUGUGAAUGGUGCUGUUGUCAACGGUACGACUUUUACCGUUAAGGGGGGCUCAAAGAUCACCAUUCGUCAGGCAAGAGCUUGAGCGUGAAGAGUGAAC